AUGGGUAACUCCAUCGUUUGUGCAAUCAUUAAGAGAAAUCGAGAUAUGAGAACUCCUAUAAAUUAUCUACUUGUGAACCUGGCUGUAGCGGAUAUCCUGUUAGCGAUGUUUAUGGCCCCAAGUGUGUUUUUCGAGCUACCUUUCUCCAAUCAUCCAGACGGCUUGACUGGUAGAGUCUUGUGCAAGUUUCUGACACACGCCAACAUCGCGUGGAUUGGAGGAGUUUCGUCCAUUGUCACUUUCCUUGCAAUCGCCAUUGAACGAUAUUAUGCAGUAAUGUAUCCUCUCGGUAACAAAGGAAAACUUACGAAGAGUAAACUUAAGAUGAUUAUUGCUGCGUCUUGGGUCUUUUCUUUACUAUUCAAUAUCCCGCUGUUCCUUGCCAUGGACAUAAGGAAGAAGAAGAACAGAACCUACUGCGUGGAAAUCUUCCCAAAGAGAUGGAUGGCGAUGGCUUAUAGUUUGGCAUGGUUAUUUCUGAUAGUGCUAUCCUUAUUUGGAAUCUGUUGGCUUAUGAGCACCGUGGUCUAUAACGUCGAGUUCUUUACGACAUCCCUCCACAUUGGUCUCACCGCAAACGGUGUCAUUUCUGACACAAUGGUGUUGUUUAAUUCUGCUGUCAAUCCGUUUGUAUACGCUCUGUUGAACCAGCAGUUCAAGGAUAAGAUGAAAAGAAUUAUAUGCUGCGCUGGUGCCACGGUACCCGGGGUUCAAACCACGCGGAGUGCUCAUGACAUCAAGCUGACUAACCACACGACCCACCCGACCCACACAGCAGGACCGCGUUUGCAGGAGUGA